UUGUUAAAUUAGCAUUUUAGCAUAUCGUGUACCGUUAACUCAUGUUAUAAAAAGGUCUUAAUCUUUAGUAUAUUUAGAUUCGUUGUGAAAGCAAAAUACAGCCGGUUUUAGAUUUGAUAAGUAAGUAACAUGUACUAGGAGAAAUAACGUUGAAUAUUUCCAGAGGUAGCAUUACCAGCAGCAUGGCCUGAGUGAAUGCUCUCCGUCCUUUGUCCUAGGAACCUUCACCUAAACCGAGAGCAGAAGAUGGGCAGAAAAAUAGGGGACUUAUUUAUUUAUUUAUUUUAUGCUGCACAAUAGAUCCAGAUCAAUCAUGCAACUGUUCAUUUUGAUAGUCAGACAUCAGUAAGGGGAUGGCACCAGCGCUUUCAAUUUGAAGAUGAGGUAAAGAACAAAGCAAACAGAGGCCUAUCCCAGCAGUCAUAAGGCAAGAGGAAAAAGAAGAAAUAAGUUUUCUUUGGAGCUUCAGUGUUCUCGAAGUACACAAAAUCCAGAAACGAUUGACAAUGGAAGAGGGUGAAGAUUUCUCUCUCUCUGGGAAAGCAGUUGAAACUGAAGAAAAUCUGAGAGAUGAAUACUACUGGAAACUUGUUGCAGACUUCAUUGGUCCUCAGACUGGGGAGGGAUUAGACCUUGAAAAGGCACCAUGUAAGAACAGACUUCUGAUUCAAGUCGGACUCAUGAAAGAAGACAAUAAUUUUCCUUGGCUUGCCAUCACAGAAUGGCUGAAGAAGAUUUUCCCCACACAUCUGACAGCUGACUUUCGUUGUUUGAUUGAGAGGGGCAUUGCAACGACAUUGAGUCUGGGAAGUGACGCGAGGCUGAUCUUUUUGGAGUCAGAGGUGAACUUUAACUUUGUUGGGCCCAUAUGUGACAGCAUCGGCGUUGAAAGGCAACAUCUUUUGGAGAUGAGAGAUUUUUCAGAGCGAGCAAAGUCAAUCGAAGUCACAAACGGAUUGAUCCUUGAGCUGAGCAACUUUGUUGCCAGGGAAAAAAUUGGCCUAAUCAAUUUAGUUACUUGGCUUAGAAACUUCAACUUAGAGUACUGUAAGGAUGGACAAAUUGAUAAAGCAUACAAAGUCCUUCGGGCGAAAAUAAAAAAGUUAAAACUGUACUGCCGCAGUUAUGAAACAAGAAGUCACCGGAGGAACACAGUGAUGGAAAAUGUUCUUCAAACGCCAUUUGAGCUGGUGCCCAAAAAAGCUGAUCCUCAAAGAUUUCUUGUGAGGAAGCGCAUGAAAAGAGAAUACAGUGAAAGGGUGGCAGAAAGAGAGGAAAGUGAUAGUUUUGAAAAUGGGCAAUAUGACGAAUCAAAUUCAAAAAGAACUUCUGAACAUGAGGAAAGUGAUGAUGAUUAUUUGGAUGCAACCAACUCAUUAGAAGAAGACUCUCUGGAUAACAGAGGUGAGGCUCUAACUCUUCUUGACAUUGCAAUGAUGUCGGCCCAGAAGCUGUUAAGUGUGUACAAUGGAACAGCCGAAGCUUCCAAGCAAGUUUCCUUGGAUCUGCUGAAAAAUCAUUACGCACUGACAUGCAAGGAGUAUCCUGCCUUGACCGAUUUUGAGAACCACGUUAAGAAGCUGAGUAAAGAUUAUUCGCUGGCCUCUCCUGUGUUUUUUUUGCACAGCAAUGCUCAUUUCCUUGUUGAUAUACACAAUGCAGUUGAGCAGCAGAUCAUGAGCUUUGAACAAGAGAUCACACAGUCAACGGGGGAAAAACUUGGCCGUGAUAAGAAUCCAGAUUUCAAGAAGUUUGUGAAUUUCUCAGAAAGCGCUACUUCACGUUAUAUUCAUAUGGCCUGUGAUCUUUUAAGCCCUCGCACCCCUGACAGGCCAAACUUCAGAAAGCAUUGGGUAGCGUUCUGUGAGGAAAAAAGGAAUCCCUCCAAACUUGCGGUCAAUAUGUCAAACCGGUUCAACAAUUACUUUGAAGCUGCGGCAGGUCUUAUUCACCACCACAAAGAGAUUUCACUCUUUUUCUCAGAUAUGUUGUCACUGAACAAUGACAGCUGCCCGAAUGUAAUCCUAGAGAGUGUGGUCGCAGAUGCAGAUGAUUCAUUCAUACAGAGCUUUGUAUGCGUUCUGGCCAUAAUUUAUUGCAAAAUCAUUGGCCCCUACUGGCAGCUGUUGAAAAGUGGAGGUGAGUACGCACUCUUCAGCCAGUACCUUCUCUGUCUCUACCAGAAGUUCCUUUAUUGGGUUAAAGAUCCAUCAAUUAUGCUGGAACCUGAAGAGGCUACAAAUGUUUUCCUGCAGUGUCCACUGCAAGAGAAACACUUUGAUGGCAUUUUCCAUUUCUGUGGUCAGUGGCACACCAACAGGGACCUAAUCAGGGCUUGUUUGAAGAGGAUGGUGAAGGUAAUUGCUGCCGUCACUGAGGAAAACUUGAAGAAUUUUCUGCCAGGAGGAAUAUUUUCCCAAAUUCCUCCACCACAUGUGACUACAGCUAUGGUAAACUGCACAUUCUCAGUGAUGAUGGCAGAAUAUCCCUAUGGGCAUGCCUAUCCUUACAAGAAGAAAAGACCUGACAGGUCCUCCAAGCAUUCCAUAGAGAGACACUCAUCUUCAGCUAGCUCUCAAGAAGACGAUACCAUGUCCAGCACAUCUGCUGACUCUACAGAUGAUUCCCAACAUCCGCUGACUAAAAACAGUACCAGUGUUGCGCAAACAGGUGACCACUAUCAUCAGUCUUACAGCAGCAUUAAAAGCAGAGACAAGAAGGGAAGAGGAAAGCAUGAUGUGCUUGAAGAUGAUCGUGAGCUGAACAUGGACAGAGACUAUAUAAUAGCGACAGUAAACUCAAAUGGAGGGCCAUGCAAGACACAACAGGAUUUGGACAAAAUGAUGCUACGUUUUGAUGGAAAAUCCAGAGCUGAGAAGAAGGAAGCCAUUCGCUGUGAGAUACUUUACCAGAAAAUGGUUCUCAACAACACAGACCCAAACUUGGAUUGUGCACUUAGCAGCGGGGGAAACAUGAUGUUGAAGCUGAAGCUCUCACUUCCCCGUGUUAAACCGGGUUACUCUCUUGUUUUAGCUCCUAGAAAGACAAAAAUCAAGCCUGCGCUGAAACACGCGUCAGUGGCCCCUGCUGGUCAGGGUGAAAACAGCAGCAAGCCAUCUUAAAUAUAAAAAAAAGUCUAAA